AUGACCAGCCAGAAUUCCUCAGUGCGAAGCGGUGUGCCGAGCCCUGACGGCUCUUUUGAUGGGCAAAUGGAACUAAACGACAAGAAUGGCUCACGGGAAACAGGAGCGACCUCAACACCACCUCUAGAGCCUCCAAACGGUGGCUUAAGAGCGUGGGCAUGUGUUGCUGGAUCCUUUCUUCUUCAAUUCUGCUCCUUUGGCUAUGUUAAUGCAUGUGGAAUUUUCCAACUCUACUACAAGGAUGUUCUACUCCCGAGCCAGUCGUCGUCAAGUCUUGCCUGGGUCACAACCCUUCAAAUCUUCCUUCUCUUCAUGCUUGGGCCGUUCAUCGGCAAGCUAAUUGACACCCAUGGCUCACGCAUGAUACUGGCUCCUUUCUCAGCCAUGGCCGUCUUCUCAGUCUGCAUGCUGAGUCUCUGUAAGACUUACUGGCAGAUCGUACUUGCCCAAGGCGUGGCUUUCGGCCUUGCGACAUCAGGCUUGUCACUACCAGCAAUGACCCUGGCGACCCAGUGGUUUUCCACGAAGCGCGGCUUAGCGGUAGGGAUAGUUUCGUGCGGCUCGAGCCUGGGCGGCGUGGUCUUCCCUUUGGUUAUCCCGACCCUGCUGGACAAGGUCGGCUUUGCGUCUGCUGUGCGCUGGGUGGCCCUGUUGCAAGGGGUCCUGCUCGUCAUUGCUAAUAUUCUAUGCUCAUCACCAUUUCCACCAAAAGGGAACGGAAAUGGACAGAACAAAGCGCCCUCAGCUGGGUUGAGGGCCUUCAAAUCCUUGCCCUGGCUGUUCUUCGUGAUGGGAUGUUUCUUCACUAUGUGGGGCCUAUUCGCGCCGCUUAAUUACCUCCCGGAAAUGGCAGCGCAGAAAGAUGUGAUGACUACACAAAUGGCUCAGUACACGCUCGCUAUCGCCAACGCUGGCUCAGUAUUCGGGCGAAUUGUUCCUGGUUGGGCUUCAGAUCACCUGGGCCAGUUCAACAUAAUGACGAUUGUAUCGCUCCUUAGCGGAGUUCUCUGCCUUGCAUUUUGGCUUCCCCUCGAAUUCUCACCAUCAUUUCCUGGAAUAAUUGUGUUUGCUUUGCUAUAUGGGUUUUGCAGUGGCGGCUUCGUGAGCCUCGGUGCGCCGUGUGUUGUCAGCCUGGCUGAAGGAAAGAUGGAUGAGAUUGGGUUGAAAAUUGGCGGGUUUUGCUUGGCCAUUGCCCUAGGCGCAUUGACAGGGCUUCCGAUUGAGGGCGCUAUCAAGGAUAGCCAGGGAGAUAGCUUUGUGGGUUUAAUGAUCUUCGCGGGCGUCUCCAUGGUUUUGGGUGGCAUAUUCCACGGGGCGGCCAGAGUGUUGAAAGGUGGAUGGAACCCAACUACGAAGGUGUAG